UGUUCCUAUAAAAUGCUAAAAGCAAUCUGUUUUUCGCUAUAGCCACACUCCUGAAGAAGUAGCUUCCUCUGCGCUCUGAAUAGAGCUUGUCAGGUGACUAGCUUUUGUCCAAUUGCCGACAAGAAUGUCAAAGCUAUUCGGAGGAAAAGAUCCAUUUGAUGACCCCUUUUUCUCUGAGCCAUUUGGUGGCUUCUUUGGUGAGAAGAAUCCAUUUGCUGACCCGUUUUUCGCUAGCCCCUUUGGUUAUCCUCCUGCUUCGCGGAAGCAAAUUAGUAUUGAGGAAAUAAAUCCUGAUGAUGAUGAUGAUGGUGCAAACAUUUCAAAUGCUGGCAAAGAACUGAGCGUUAGGAAUCCAAAUUAUCAUGCGAAUGGUAGUGGAAGUUCUUUUAGUUAUCGAAGGGUUGCAUAUGGUGAUCAGGAUGGAAUGUACUAUACUUGCUCUGAAGGCAGGAUGAAUGGUGGCGAUGGGGUGUUUCUUGCAGAAAUGAAGGAAGAGGACAAGAUAGUUGGUGAAUCACUACACACAAUUUCAAAGGGAAUCCAUGAUAAGGGUCAUUCGGUCACAAAAAAGAACAGUUCAGAUGGUAGAGCGGAUUCAUUGCAGACUUUACAUAACUUGCAUGAAGGUGAGCUUAAAGGUUUUGAAGAAAAUUGGAAAAAUAAUGCUGACAAGCAUUUACCAGGAUGGAGCAGUGGGUUCAAUAAGCUUGAGAAUUCAGGAGCUAACUUGAUUGGAUGGGAUGGAUUUCCAACAUGGAGCGGCUGGGGUGGUUGGGCUCCUCCAUCUAUAGAGUACUUUGGAGACGCUGGAGCAGCAGAACCAGAUGGAGAAGGGAGGAGGAAAAAGGUUGUGCGAGUGAAUGUAGAGUAGGGCGUAAUGUUCUGGGAACAUUAGUUUAGUACUUUAUAUUAAUCAAUGCUUAAUGUGUGCUCUGGCUUGAAUUUGGCACCUUAAUGCUUGUUUUCAGUGUCUUCCACAUUGUGAACUUCUGGAUGUCGUCAAAUAACUAGUACAAACAUGGUUUUUGUCUGGUUGGUUGGGAUGAAUUUAGGCUCGUCCUUUUCGGGGAAAGGGGCAGAAUGGUGUAAUAUCUUGUGAAGAGGUUGUAACUCAUGUUAAGCUAUUUGUGUAAUUUCGUAAUAAAGAAAUAAUUAUCAUGUA